UUCUCCACGCCCAGCACUCCUCAGGAGAAGUCGCCGUCCGGCAGCUUCCACUUUGACUAUGAGGUCACUCUAGGUCGCGGCGGCCUCAAGAAGAGCAUGGCCUGGGACCCGCCUUCCGUGCUGGCCGGCCCGGGCAGUGGCCGCAGCGCUGCGAGCAUCCUCUGCUCCUCCGCAGGCGGCCCCAACGGCAUCUUCACUUCUCCCAGAAGGUGGCUCCAGCAGAGGAAGUUCCAGCCUCCGCCCAGCAGCCGCGGCCCCUCCUACGUCGUGUGGAAGUCCGAGGGUGAUUUCACCUGGAACAGCAUGUCGGGCCGCAGCGUGCGGCUGAGGUCAGUCCCCAUCCAGAGUCUCUCGGAGCUGGAGCGAGCCCGGCUGCAGGAAGUGGCUUUUUAUCAGUUGCAGCAGGACUGUGACCUGAGCUGUCAGAUCACCAUUCCCAAAGAUGGACAGAAGAGAAAGAAAUCUUUGAGGAAGAAACUGGAUUCCCUAGGAAAGGAGAAAAACAAAGACAAAGAAUUCAUUCCACAGGCAUUUGGAAUGCCCUUAUCCCAAGUCAUUGCGAAUGACCGGGCCUAUAAACUCAAGCAGGACUUACAGAAGGACGAGCAGAAAGACGCAUCAGAUUUUGUGGCUUCUCUUCUCCCAUUCGGAAAUAAAAGACAAAACAAAGAACUCUCAAGCAGUAACUCAUCUCUCAGCUCAACCUCAGAAACACCAAAUGAGUCAACAUCCCCUAACACCCCGGAACCGGCUCCUCGGGCCAGGAGGAGGGUGAGUCGGCCAGUAUUUUCCCUGACACUGAUGUUAUUUGCUCAGCAUACAGGUCUCCAGACAGUGGGGAUAUUCCGAGUUGGAAGCUCAAAAAAGAGAGUGAGACAAUUACGGGAGGAAUUUGACCGUGGGAUUGAUGUCUCUCUGGAAGAGGAGCACAGCGUCCAUGAUGUGGCUGCCUUGUUGAAGGAGUUCCUGAGGGACAUGCCGGACCCCCUUCUCACCCGGGAGCUGUACACGGCCUUCAUCAACACUCUCUUGUUGGAGCCAGAGGAACAGUUGGGCACCCUACAACUCCUCAUCUACCUUCUACCUCCCUGCAACUGCGACACUCUCCACCGGCUCCUGCAGUUCCUCUCCAUCGUGGCCAAGCACGCUGAUGACAACAUCAGCAAAGACGGGCAAGAGGUCACUGGGAACAAAAUGACAUCUCUGAACUUGGCCACCAUAUUUGGACCCAACCUGCUGCACAAGCAGAAGUCAUCAGACAAAGAGUUCUCGGUCCAGAGCUCGGCUCGUGCUGAGGACAGCACUGCCAUCAUCGCUGUGGUGCAGAAAAUGAUAGAAAAUUACGAAGCCCUGUUCAUGGUUUCCCCAGAUCUCCAGAACGAAGUGCUCAUCAGCCUGUUGGAGACCGAUCCUGAUGUUGUGGACUAUUUGCUCAGAAGAAAGGCUUCCCAGUCAUCAAGCCCUGACACGCUGCAGUCGGACGUUCCCUUUGCCCGGGGAGGCAGGCACUCAUCCACAGACUCUAACAAGGCCUCCAGUGGCGACAUCUCCCCUUACGACAACAACUCUCCCGUGCUGUCCGAACGCUCCCUGCUGGCUAUGCAAGAGGACGCGGUGCCGGGGGGCUCGGAGAAGCUUUACAAAGUGCCAGAGCAGUACAUGCUGGUGGGCCACUUGCCAUCGAGGUCGAGAGAAAGUUCUCCGGGACCGAGGCUUGGCAAAGAUAUGUCAGAGGAAGCUUUCAAUAUCUGGGGAACUUGGCAUUCAACAUUGAAAAGUGGCUCCAAAGACCCAGGAAUGACAGGUUCCUAUGGAGACAUUUUUGAAAGCAGCUCCCUCCGACCAGGGCUGUGUUCCCUCUCUCAAGGGAACCUGGCCCUGAAUUGGUCUCGGUGGCAGGGUAGCCCCACAGAGCUGGACAGUGGCAUGCAGGUCAUCCGGAGGACUCAGACCACAGCCACCAUCACAGAGUGCCGCGCCCACCCCCCUGUGUCACGCGUCUGCUGCUCGCCGCACGCCCAGGGCCGCGGGAGGCGAUCGGAGCCGUCCACGUCCCGGUCGGAGCAGUCUUUGACUCUGAGCAGCGCCGAAGACCUGAGCGAGAGCGAGCUGGAUGUGGCAUGGCUGCAGACCCGAGCCGAACCUCAGUACCAGAGACCACGAGAGAGUGGGAGGCACGACAAGAGGCCUCCACCUCCUUAUCCUGGUCCGGGGAAGCACGUCUUAGCAGCCUCCCAGCAGCAUGCAGAGUCCCUGUUGUGGAGGCGUCAGAAGCCAGGGGAAGGCUCCUCAACAGCCUUGGAAGAAGGAGGCCAGACAUCCGGGCAGGAGCACCAGGCCACACAGCAAAAACUGAGUAGCGGCUAUGCCGCCCCCGUCAGCGAUCAGAACAGUAAGACGCUGGGGGAGCCCAGCUGGCUGGACUGGCAGCGAGAGCGGUGGCAAAUCUGGGAGCUUUUAUCGACUGACAACCCUGACGCCCUCCCUGAAACGCUGGUAUGA